AAAUUCGUCUCAACUAAACAAGGCAAGUCCCGUGCUCCACUAGGGAUCCUAUCCAGAUUCGUGGGGACACCCUGUUCCCGUUCCAGGCUUCCAAGUUGCAACCCUCUCGUCGGAGUCGUCUCUGUAGGCUGUAGCAUUUGUCGGGUUGGAUUGGGUUGUUCCGCUUGGGUAGCCGGGUGGGAUCGAAAUCUGUGUGGCAUCCAUGGCGGCGGUCGAGGGGACGACGAAGAAGAAGGUAAUCAUCGACACCGACCCCGGAAUUGACGACGCGAUGGCCAUCUUCGUGGCACUGCGGUCGCCGGAGCUGGAGGUGCUGGGCCUCACCACUACCUUCGGCAACGUCCACACCGCCCUCGCCACCCGGAACGCGCUCCACCUGUUGGAGGCUGUUGGAAGGACAGACAUCCCCGUGGCAGAGGGAUCCCAUGUAACAAUCAAGAAAGCCACCAAGCUGAGGAUCGCAAGCUUCGUCCACGGUUCAGACGGCCUGGGAAACCAGGACUUCCCUCCACCGGCUACCAAGCCUGUAGAUCAGUCGGCUGCUGCCUUCCUGGUUGAGCAGGCAAAUCUGUACCCUGGACAAGUUACCGUCGUCGCCCUCGGUCCACUUACCAACCUUGCUCUGGCAGUCGAGCUUGACCCUUCAUUCCCGAAGAAGAUAGGGCAGAUUAUUAUUCUUGGCGGUGCGUAUUCAGUCAAUGGAAAUGUGAACCCUGCAGCUGAGGCAAACAUCUUUGGGGAUCCCGACGCGGCAGAUAUUGUGUUCACCUGCGGUGCUGAUAUUUUGGCUGUGGGACUAAAUGUAACCCAUCAAGUAGUUCUAACAGAUGCUGACCGGGAGAAGCUUGAACAGUGUGAGAGCAAAUAUGCCCGCUACUUAUGCAAGAUAAUGGGCAUUUAUUUUGAUUACCACAAGGAUGCCUACUUCAUAAAAGGAGUGUAUCUUCAUGAUCCAACAACGCUUAUUGCUGCUGUGAAUCCAUCGCUAUUGACUUACACAGAAGGUGUCGUGAGGGUACAGACAGUUGGAAUCACAAAGGGCCUUACUGUUUUUGAUAACACCAAGAAAAGGUACGGAGAGAUCACAGCCUGGACUGGCAUGCCCACCGUGAAGGUCGCUGUCACCGUCGAUGCUCCUGCCGUGGUAGAGCUGAUGAUGCAGAGGUUGAUGACCGAUGACUAGGAGCAAUAUCAGCUGAUUGGCAGCACGGGGAUUAAGGCUAUUUGCAGAGAAAGGUUGGAACUUGGAUGUGCAUACCUCACUAGAAAUUUGGUCCGCAUUGUCACCAAAACAAAAGGAUGCAUUGCACGCUAGCUAUCCACUUAUGUGGUUAUGUGCGUGCCUUGGUGUUUAUGUACAGUUUAUAUGCUCGAUAAUCGGCACAUGGCCAGUUCGACAAUGUCAUACAGUCAUACUAGUAAUACGUCGCGCAUGCUUCUGAGAGAACAGAGUGAAAUUAACAUGGUGCAACACUUCAAAGAAUUUUUCAAGAUUCUCCGUCA